AUGGAGGCACCGACGGGUCCGGCCUUCCCCCCCCCUCGCCGGGCAGGGCCCCCCCCGGGGCUGCCCCGGGCUCCCUUCCCCUUCGGUCCCGUCCGGCGGCCGCCGCCGCUCGGCCCCCGCCCGUCCCGGUGCCCGCAGGACCCCCGGUACCGGGGGGUCUCCAGCACGGGCCCCCUCUCCAUGGCCGUCAAUGGGAAGCCGCUUUACCCGGCCGGGGCUGCAGGCAGCGAGAAGGGAUGCAGGGCUGGGUACCAGGCGAUGCCCGCGCCCUGCCCGGGGGAGCUGGGGUGCGCUAUGGGACCCCCCCUGGGCAGCCUGCACCGGGUGCCCCCCCUCCCCGAGCCCAUGGGCAAGGGCAAGAAGCGCCGGAACCGAACCACGUUCAGCGCAUUCCAACUGGAGGAGCUGGAGAAGGUUUUCCAGAGGACACAUUAUCCCGAUGUCUGUGCCCGGGAGCAGCUGGCGCUGCAGACGGAGCUGACCGAAGCCAGGGUGCAGGUCUGGUUCCAGAACCGAAGAGCCAAGUGGCGCAAACGGGAACGUUAUGGGAAACCCCAGGAGCUCCAGACCAGCCCCUGGUCCAGCUCCGGCCCCAGGACCCCCCCAGGGCUCCUGCCCCCCGAGAGCAUCCCAGCCCCAGGCCUGUCCCCAUAUCCCAAUGGGAACAUCAGCGGCUUCAUGGGCAUCCCUGCCCCUCCCGGCCCCCAUCCCGGCAUCAACAGCCUCUACCCCCUGCCCCGGCUGCCCCCCCCGGCCCUGGGCACCCCCCCCUUCCAGCCCGCACCCCAACACGGCUACAAGGCCCCCCCAGUGGUGCCGCUGAGGGGGAAGAGCAAAGAGGCCACUGGGAGCCUGUUGAACUGGGCUACAUGAUCCCAUGGGAUCCAUGGAUCGGCUGCCCCCCCCCCCCCAGCACCAGGGUUUGGUUGGGGUCACCCUUACCGGAUGCAUCCUGAUCUCCAUGAGCUUUCCUGCAUCGCAGCGCGCUGUUGGAUACCCCUGGGUGAUGAUGGGGGGAUGAAGGUCACCCCCAAACCCAAUAGGGCUGCAGCUGGAGCUUGGGACCCUAAAAGUGGCUCCCAAGAGCCCUGAGCCCCCCCUCAAGCACCUUCAGACCAUGGCACUUGAUGGAAAUACUAGGGGGUAGCACUGGGUUGGUUUGGGGGUAGCCCCCCAUUGCCCAGCCCAUGUGGCCACUGCAUCCUCCCCAGUGCAACCAGCACCUGGGCUCUUCACAUCCCAGUCCAUCCAUAGUGGGAAGACCCCAACCCACGAUGCUGGGGCUCAGGGGGGUAUUGAGUCCUCAAAGCUCCCCCCCCCCCCCCAAGCCAUCGGCUGCCCCUUAUGCUCCCCUUGGAAUGGGAUGAGCUCUGGGACAAGGGACAUCCCCCCGGAGCGGUCCCCAGCCCAGGGAUGGGCCAUAAACCAGGAUGGGGUGAGAUGAAGCCCCCGACACCCGGAUCAAUGAGGUGAGAUGGGGCACAACGGGGGUGCUGGGGGCACCAUGGACCCCCCCCCCCCCGGGGAGGCACCAACCCCACAGGGCAGCCCCAGCUGGGUUAAAGGGGGAGCCCCAAAUGCUCCAAGAGUCAGCACAGGCACAGUGGGUG